AUGCGGAUGUCAUUUCCAUCAGAAUUGAAGUCCGUGAACGCAUCGAAUGAAUCAGUGGAAGUUUCUUCCAUGAUUAAAAUCACCAAUGCCGCCAUGGUUGAAGAUGUGGCACUCAGGUCAUCGACGAAUUAUGCAUUGCAAGCGGCCUCGUUGGCAGUCGAUUUGGUGAAUGGGCCCCCUGAAGUCACCUCCAUCGAGGCGAUGGUGACAGUUGCGUUGGACGCCGCGAAGACAACUGAUUUUGUGGAUAAUGUGGCCCGGUUCAUAUCGUGUAGAAACAGACGUUAA